UCCCUCCCUGUCUCUCCCUCCCUCCCUCUCUUUGUCUCUUCCCUCCCUCUUUUUGUCUCUUCCCCCCUCUCGCUACCUACUCUCCUUGUCUCUCCCCAUUCUUUCUCUCUCUCCCCUCCCCAGGUUUUCAUUAAACGAGGUAUGUUAAAGUACUUGGGAGCAGCAGCGAGACAAGCUGGUCAGUGAUUGGCUGGUUCAGCUACAGGCUGCCUGUAUGGGACACCUGGCUAGACAACAAGGCCGCAAAAUGAAGGCGUCUGACCGAUGACCUCUAACCCCUGACUGCUAACCCAGGUGAAACAUGUUGUAAUGUGUUCGGUUAGGUAGGCGCUGGUGUAACACACACACAUUCAGUGACUCUGGCAUGACGGUAUCACCCGAUAAUGUGUCUUCCUAUAAUUGUGGUUAGGUACAGUAGGUAGGAUGCCGGUAUCUCUGUCUGUCCCCAUACAGGUGCAGCAGAUUGCUGUGAGGUGUUUCCAGAGUAACAUCCGUACUCUGAGAUGCGUGGCCAAGUGGAUCUGGUGGAAACUGCUGUGUAGAGUACGCCCCCUACUGGAUGUUAACAUGGACGACCAGAGACUCAGAGCCAGGGAGGAUGAGAUCAUGGCUCUGAGACGCCGGCUGAAGAAGUCUGAGAGGGAGAGGAACGAGCUGAGCCAGACCACUGACAUCCCUGAGACCAAGGCUCAUCUGGACCAGUGUAAGGUCACCAGGGGGGCGCUGGAGAAACAGUUGGAGGAGGAGAAACAGAAAGUCUAGAGCAGAGAGUUCCGGACGGACAAGCUGUGUUAACUACUAUAGGUCAAACUCGCACACACCGAACGGAAGAUUUGACUGCACUGGAUGUUAGCUGCUGAUCUGGGUUAUACUUCAUGAUGCAUCGGUGAGUGUGCAGAAUAAAUGCCAGAAUGCGAGUUUUGACACAGAAAAGGCAACGCAGGUUAUUAUAGUUGUGUGAUUUUAUAUUUGUUUUCAUUUGAAAUUCAGUUUUGUUUCAGAUUUGAUUUCAAAUCAAAUUUUGUUAGUCACAUGCGCCAAAUACAACAGGUGUAGUAGACCUUACAGUGAAAUGCUGGCUUACGAGCCCCUAACCAACAAUGCAGUUAAAAAAAAAUAAGAGAUAAAAGCUACAAGUAAUUAAAGAGCAGCAGUAAAAUAACAAUAGCGAGAUAUAUAUAUAUAUAUAUAUAUAUAUACAGGGGGUCACUGACACAGAAUCAAUCUUCGUUUUUUUGGUUUUUUUCAGUUUUUGAUUUGUUAAAAAAGUUUGAAAUAUCCAAUAAAAUGUCGUUCCACUUCA